AGCGCCUCCUCUAGGCGUUGGUACAGUGGCUGUAGCCAUAGGAAACUCUAUGGCAAUAGCCCGCGUAAUGUCAUAGAGUGACCAACGACUGCUUUACGGCACCUGCUUGUACGAGUAACUGCGGUGUUUUCGGCUACAAGAAUGAAGGCGACAAGCAGGGGUUUGAAACGAAAAGCGCUGAGCGAAGUGCAGCCUACAGCAGCUAAUCGAAAAGGGAUUUCAGUCGCCAAUGGCAUGAUGUGCAUCAGUCGUCUGAAAAAUCCUGCAGACCCCGAGAAUCUUCCAACUAGCGGAAGAGUCGAUGUUCCACCGGAAUCGUGCGACGCCUACAGUUUGAUGGCCCAUGAACGUGUACCAGCCCAAUACUGGAAGGAACUUGCCGAACAAAGGCGCAUCGCACUCGAAAAGGCCCUCAAAGAGAACGAGCAGCUUCACGAGAAGUUGGAGCUCCUGAGUGCCGAAAACAGACACCUACAGACCAUCGCCGACCAGGCACUUCCCUUGGCCGAGCUCUUAAAGGAGUUCGGAGCCCUCUCGUCAAAAGAACUGGAGCCCUCGCAUCAGGAGUAGCUUGCUACUUGUGGACCUAACAGUUUUCAAGUCAGGCCUGUCCUUUGCAGGUAGGCUCUCUGCCAGUCUGCCAUCUUGUGCAUGCUUGCCAUGAAGUCUGGUCAGAGCCUGUGUUGCACUCUCAGUUGAACACAUCAUACAAAUGUCAACAAACAAUUGCAUGGACACAUUAAAAGUCAGUAGAAUAGGCUAUCCAUAAAAGUUGCACAAAGACUAGUUGUUCUAAUGUUGUGGUUCUAACUGUUGUGGCCAAGUCAUGAAUAAAAGAAAAUAAUAUGCAUGGGGGCCAUACAGGGUCCAAUUCUGAUGUGUAAACGCCAGUCUGAACGGUCUGCAUAAAAUAUUUACCGGGUGACUCGAUCUGGAACUGCCUCGGUGUGAUGUGCAACCAAUGCAAUAUUGGCUUCACUUAGCGUAAGCAAAGACCUCACUUGUUUGCUGGACCUGGGAAGCCUUUGACACCAAUGUCAAUUGCAUGCUGUGGAAGUCAUUGUAGUGCAGAUAAGACAGAUGCAAGGAACACAGCAGCAUGUGCAUCUUCUCUGCGCUUCUCCAAGUAUUGGCUGACUUGCUCGAAAACAAUUUUUCAAUUCAGUGCUGCUUGCUUGCAAUGUUAUGUUUUCUUGCGACCACUGCAGUCUCCUGGUUUCUAUUCCUGUGUGUAAUAGCCUACAGCAAGCAAUCACCAUUUACAAACAAAAUAGUGUGUAUGGUAAUAGGAGUCCUGAACGGAAGGCAAAAGUUGAACAAGGGAAGUGCCCAGACUAUGUAUAGACAAAGUUUGUGGUAUUGCAAUGCACACCGGCCACUUCAUCGAGGCAUGCAGCAACACUUCACAUGUUUCUUCGUCCAGUGUUUUCCCGCUAAUUUGUUAUGAUUCACUUUUCUGUUACUUUAAUAGAUAGGAGAGUGCACUUAAGCAUUAUUGUCCUGAGUCAGCUUGUGCUGCAUCUUUCCUGUGUAAUAAUAAAACAAUGUUCUUAAGGAGCAGACAA